AGGUUAUGUCAAAUAGUCUCGUGUGUUGAGAAAGACAAGAAAUUAUUUGAAGGGUUCAAUAAAAGCUCCGCCUGCAAAGUUCGGAAACGCGUGCAAGUGCAAAAAGUGGAGAAAAAGACAAGUUAAAUUGAUAUUUCCGGCCAUUGCGGUAGUUGUUUGCUGUUGAAAAUGAAUGCUGAAAAGUUAAAGAAGCUGCAGGAGUCGGUGCGCAUCGGUGGAAAGGGUACACCGAGGCGAAAGAAGAAGGUGAUCCACCAGACGGCGGCCACGGAUGACAAAAAGUUGCAAGCUUCACUGAAGAAGCUGGCAGUGAACACAAUUCCCGGCAUUGAGGAGGUGAACAUGAUAAAGAACGAUGGGAGUGUGAUUCAUUUCAACAAUCCCAAGGCUCAGGCAUCCCUUGCCGCCAAUACGUUCGCCAUCACAGGGCAUGGGGAGAAUAAGCAGAUUGUUGACAUGCUGCCGGGUAUUCUCACACAACUCGGCCCCGAAGGUCUCAAUCAUCUGAAACGCCUGGCCAAUGAUGUGGUUUGCAACGAGAAGCUCCUCAACGAGGAAGAUGAUGUGCCGGAGCUUGUGGAGAAUUUUGAGGAAGUCGCCGAUAAGGAGGCCACUGUUGAGGAUGUCACGAAGAAGACGGAGCAAGUGAGUGUGUCGUAAAGUCUCUCAGCACGUGGGACGCAGCAUAAUCCUGGCGAAGUUCGCCUUAGAAAUUCACAUUGAGUCUUUUAUGAGGGUGGGAGGAAGGAAACUUACGCAGUGCCCCUCUGAUAUUAACCAGGGGGGCUUACCAGGAAAUUAAUUGUAAAUAAUCUCACGUUUGAGACUUCUUCUUUUUUAGCGCGGCUCUGUGGGGGUUUAAAACAAAAUUAAAAACAAGUUUAAAAAAAGAUCCUCUCUAGCUUUAUAGAAGACACCUUAAAUAUUCCAUAAGCAGAACAUCUUCGGCAAUUCCUUCGUUUUUUUCCAUAGUUAUACUACUGAAUUAUCUCUAGGUGACAUUUUAUUGUAUUGCCUUUUUGAGAAUGAAAUAAAUUCCAAUAUUUUUUUCUGGUCAAA